AUGACAAACUCUCCUUCUCUCCACGACUCUUACGCCGAAGACAAGAAGGUGGACGCCACUUAUGCCGAGUACACCGUGAAGGAUGUCUCGAGCAGCAACUCCAUCCGCGAGCUUGAGGGACAGGAGGUCGACGACAAGCGCCUUGUGCGCAAGCUCGACCUGCACCUCGUCCCUUGGCUUGCCCUUCUCUAUCUUCUCUCAUUCCUGGACCGUUCCAACAUCGGAAACGCCAACCUGUUCGGCCUUUCCCAGCACAUCCACCUUUCCUCUUCCGACUACGCCAUCUGUCUCUCCAUCUUCUUCGUGUUCUACGUCCUCUGCGAGGUCCCUUCGAACAUGGUCAUGAAGGCCUGGCGUCCUUCCAUGUGGCUUCCCAUCAUCAUGAUCGCCUGGGGUGGUGUCAUGACUGGUAUGGGCUUCGUCAAGAACUUUGAGGGUCUCCUUGUUGCCCGCAUCUUCCUCGGUGCCACCGAGGCUGGUCUUUUCCCCGGCGUCUCCUACUUCCUCUCGCAGUGGUACCGUCGCCACGAAAUCGCUCUCCGCAUUGCUCUCUUCUUCUCCGCCGCCACCGCCGCCGGUGCUUUCGGUGGUCUCCUCGCCCGCCUCAUCAACUUAAUGGACGGCGUUUCUGGAUUUGAAGGCUGGCGCUGGAUUUUCAUUCUCGAGGGUAUCGCUACCAUUAUUGUCGCUGCCGCUUCCUUCUGGACCAUGUACGACUACCCCGACACUGCCAAGUUCCUUACCGAGGCUGAGCGUCGCCACACCGUUGAGCGCCUUCACCUCGACAACGACGGUUGCUCGUAUGAUUUCAAGAUGAAGUUUGUCUGGGACGCCUUCCUUGACUGGAAGGUCUGGCUCAACGCUAUCAUGUUCCACGGCGCUCUCUGCCCUCUCUACACCUUCUCGCUCUUCUCGCCCACCCUCGUCGCCAACCUCGGCUACAGCGCUGCCCAGGCUCAGCUCAUGUCGGUCCCCCCCUACGUCGUUGCUGCUUUCUUCACCGUCGCUGCCGGCUGGCUCUCUGACCGCCUCAAGAUGCGUGGCGUCAUCAUCAUCUUUGGCGGUGCUGUCUCGGCCGUUGGCUACAUUCUCCUCCUUGCCCACGUCAACACCAGCGUCGACUACUUUGCCCUCUUCCUCGCCUCGUCCGGUAUCUACCCCCUGAUCCCCGUCAUCACUGCCUGGGGCUCGAACAACGCCGGUGGCUCGCUCAAGAAGGGUGUCGCUACUGCCAUCAUCGUCUCGCUCGGUAACUGCGGUGGUAUCGUGUCUUCGUUCAUCUACCCCAAGGAGCACAAGCCCCGCUACAUCGUCGGACACGCUGUCUGCCUCGGCUACUGCAUCCUUACCAUGAUCACCGCCGGCAUCAUGUGGUGGUACGGUGUCUGGGCCAACAAGAAGAAGGUCGAGCGCAACGAGGCCCGCGGCCGCCCCUGGACCGCUGAGGAGAAGAAGGCCCUCGAGGACGAUGGCGACAACGUCGACUGGUUCUUCUACACCAUCUAA